GAGUACACAGUGUCAUGUCUACAAAAUCGGUUGAAAAUUGAGCAAGCAGCUUGACACCCCUCGCAAGCGGAACGAGUUUUACGGUGUCACGACGGCAAGCCAGAUGUGAAAAUAAAAGAGCCGUGUAACAUCAGUUGAAGAGACUCAGCGUUUGUAAGGAGAAGCGGGGGGGCCGUUACAAUUCAGUUUUUGUUUUACGUGAGUCAUAUUUGGACUGAAAACCGGGAGGGCCGUGACGUCACCGGCCGACUGACAGCCGACGUUGCAGUAAUGGAGGAAGUGAGAGUGUUUCCCCUGACCUGUGCCGUGCAAAAUUAUGCAUGGGGGAAAAACGGGCUGGACAGCGAAGUGGCCAAACUGGUGAGUGGCGGAGAUCCACUCGCCGUGAUAGAGGAUGGCAAGCCCUAUGCAGAGCUGUGGAUGGGCGCCCACCCAAAAGGCGAUGCCCAGAUUAAAGACAACAGGAUUGCGCAGACCACACUGGGCCAGUGGAUCGCCCACUUCCCUGCCUGUCUGGGCUCCAAGGUUAAGGACACCUUCCAGGGUCAGCUGCCCUUCCUCUUCAAAGUGCUCUCUGUCAACACAGCUCUGUCCAUACAGGCCCACCCCAACAGAGAGUUAGCCGCUCGUCUCCAUGCUCAGUUUCCGGAACACUAUCCAGACAACAACCACAAGCCAGAGAUGGCCAUAGCGCUCACCCACUUCCAGGGCCUCUGUGGCUUCAGACCAGUGGAGGAGAUCCUGGGAUUCCUUAAAUGUGUCCCGGAGUUCCAUGCUCUGGUGGGUAACGAGUCGUCAGUUGAGCUGCGGUGCAGCAUGGGAGAUGCAGUACGUACAGGCCAGGUUCUGAAGAAGUGUUUCACCAGGAUGAUGAACUGUGAGAAGAAGGUGUUUGUAGACCAGCUCAACAUGCUGGUGAAGAGAGUCACAGAGGACGGUGCAGCAGGGAAGGAUACGUCGGGCAGCAACGGUGACCUGCUGCUCCGUCUCCAUUCCCAGUGUCCUGGAGACAUUGGCUGCUUUUCCAUCUACUUCCUCAACCAUAUGUCGCUGGAUCCUGGUCAGGCCAUGUUCCUGGGAGCCAAUGAGCCUCAUGCUUAUCUUUACGGAGACUGUAUCGAGUGUAUGGCCUGCUCAGACAACACCGUGAGAGCCGGUCUCACACCGAAAUACAUCGACGUCAACACGCUGUGUGAAAUGCUGAACUACAGCCCUGCCCCCGCCAGCGCCAAAAUCUUCCCUUGUGUCCAGGACGCCUCAGAUCCCUGUGUGUCACUGUAUGACCCCCCAGUGCCAGACUUCACCGUCAUGAGGAUACAGGUCCCAGCCUCAGUGAAGCAGUACACUUUAGCCCCAGUCGACAGUGCCAGCAUCGUCCUGGUGAUCGAAGGCGACGCCAUGGCAACCUCAACUGCUGCUCUCUCUGAUGUCACACUGAGGCGGGGCACCGUCCUGUUUGUCUCAGCCAACGAGAGUGUGUCCCUGCACAUCACGUGCCUGUCAGGGAUGAACAUGUUUCGAGCCUGCUGCCUUCUGUAGUUGUGAGUCUGUGUCUGUGUGUAAAACCUCAUACUACCUGUGCUCAAGGUCGCUGGACAAAGGACAUACUUAGAAUUAAUGUAAAAUAUACUCACUUGUCAGUUUAUUAGGUACACCUAGCUAAUUGGACCUGAUGCAGUCUAUUACAAAACUGCAAUAAAGCGUACCUUAUGAAGUUCAUAGUGUUCAGUUUGUGUUAUGUUCAUUGCUGUUUGUGUCUUUUAACACAACAAUUUUCUUUUAUUUUAACUGAGCUACUUUUCAGUAAAAUGUCCAUCCAGUUCAGAGAAAUAUUUCUCUUAUUUACCCUUUUUUAUGAAACGGCUGGACAAAAUAAUGGACACAUCUUUCAGUGUCACACAAAACUGCAGCCUCCAAAAUUAGUCUAAGUUUAUUUCUAAAACAAAAACUGACUAUAAGUCUGCAUUAGUCCUAACUAGGUUUACCUAAUAAACUGACAACUGAACCUGAUUGUUUAUGAGGACGUUCAAGUGAUCAAAUCUUGAGAAUUAGAGUUCUUGACCUUGAUGAAUAAACUAACCUUUUGUUGAGGUAGCUCUGUUAUUGGGAACAGUUCAGUGUUCCUGACUGUUCCUUUUUUAUUCUAAGCACAGCUCCUGCUGUACGUUCUUAUAAUUUUCAGUCAGAGAUGACAAUCACUAACAGCGACCUAUUAAAAGACCAGAGUAGGGGACAGAGUCCUGCUCGGGUCCAUUAUUGCAAACCCGCCCACGCCCACAAAGCUCUGAACUAGACUCGACCUGUUACCCGCAAUUAUCACCAAGUCAAAUGUAGACUCGCGACAUGACCCAUCACCUGUAAUUAAACACACUUGCUACAUAUACAUCCCCUCACAUUAAAUGGGUUAUGGCCUCUUAUUCCUCCCAUUGAGUUGUGGCUUUAAAAGGUGUGGCUCUUUUUACUAGCAAAAAUUCCACUGGGAACGUAUUCACCACCAGCCAUUUCUGUCUUUGAUGUGAUUCAUCUUCAUGUACAAGCGACUUCCCUGUGGGCAGUGACAGUUUUUUCAUGGAAGUUAAGGUGUAUAUAACAAAACAAAUCAAGUUAGCUGACUAGCUGAUUUAUCUGUUAAAAAAAGAACUGCACAAUCGUUUAGAUGUUUGAUUUCUCAUUAUCAUCUGAUUUCCCUUAAAACCCCUGCCUGUGAACUUAUAUGAAAAUAUUUUUAAACGUUACUCAGCCCCUCCGCGGGUUACCCGUCGGCUACCCGACCUGGUGCAGGACUCUAGGGGAUAUGUUCAUGCUAGUGCAGUACACCCCCACUCACUGCUUGUACAACUAUGUCACCAUAGUUGCAUGUCUAAGCAUGUCUGCCCAGGAUCACUAGUGCAUUUACCUGCUUUAUCAUUUAAACUUGAACAAGUAGAUAACAUACAUUCUUAUAUCAACAGUUGAGAAUAUAUAGUGUAAUACAACUAAGAUGCCUGUGCAUGUUUAAUUUAGGAACUUCUUUUUCUGUGACAAACCACACCAGUCACACUGAUGUUGACCCUGUGGAGUAUUAAAGCUGUUAACAGUUAUCAGCGCAUGUUAAUGGUCUGGAAACUUCACAUCCAAGUAGUAAACAAUCCUAAAGUAAAAAUAAAAUAAAAAACAGGACGGGCCUCUAGCUACAACUGUUACAUUAAGCAUGACUACUUGGGGACCAGGAAUGCAUCUUCUAUCUAUAUUUCUAAAAAUGCCGACUGCUGCUUGUUACAUACGUGAAAAAAUGUGUCCCAAGUCCGCCACAUCCUCAUCCUGUAAAUUUGUAAGACUAAAUGCUGCAUUUAGUUUUUCUAUUAUAGGAACAAACAUGUCUGUAUUUGAAGCAACAUUUUUUAGACUUUGUAUGUUUUGUUGUUUGUACUGAUCUGUCAAUGACGCAUUACAAUAUCCCUUAACUGGCUGUAUUAUAAGGUUUUACCUGUUCAUUAUGAAAUCAAUGAGGUAGUGAUUUAUCUUUACUAUACACCUUACAUGUUGGUACAUUGUUUUAUCUAUGUUAUGUCAACAUGGGUCAAACCUCCAUGCGAGGGUCAAUUUGAAUUCAAUCAAUCAUUAGGUCAUGAAUUUUCUUGUAACAUUUUUUAUAAUUCAUCUUGGAUCAAAUAUUUGAGAAUGAAGCCUGCCGACCUACCAGUAAAUAAAAAAACUCUUAUUUAUAGAUUGACCUAAAUGAAUAACCAGCGUAUUGAGCCGAACUCCACUGAAGCCUUUACCGACUUCAUGACCAUGUCAGUAAUGUGGGUUGAUCUCCAAGCUUAUCCCUGAUGCACUAAUCCUUUAGUUAUUUGUUUGUGCCGAUACUGUUGGAAGAAAAUGGAAGAAUAUUAGAGACUAGAAAGAUGUUAACAUCAGUGCAGAUUAAAGAAAUGUUAUUCAGCCUUCCAUAUCUUUAACAACUAAAACAAACUAUUUGCUAACUUUGAUAAUUGUUUUGAAGGUGUCACUGAUUAUGAGUUUUAACCUUUUAAUCUAACACAUCUUUCUUACUGAUGUUCUUUCAAGUCAUCUUCAUAGCUUUAAUAAUGUACUUUGCACAGAGAUCUUGUUAGAUUUUUAGUUUAUUUUCUUCAUUUUUUCUUUUAACUCAUGUCCUUCAUAUGCACACAAUUCUGAAGGCCACAGUGGUUUAUUUAAAUUAUUCUAUUCAUCUAUUGUUAGACGAUUGCUUGGAUUAUUUCUCUAGUGAGGGCAUGGUUAAGCAUUGUUGAAUAUGGUGAUGCUGUAGCAUGGGACUGCAGAGAACGUGUAUGCAACAGUGGUCUAAUAAAACCUUGUUCUGUUCCUUAA